AUGAGACUUUUUAACCUCUUAACAAAAAAUGUCAACUGUUUUAAAAAAUUGAUUGAAGAGAAUAAAAAAAGUAAAAAUAUAUGUCAUAUUUUUCAUGGUAGAAAUAUUUGUACAAAUAUUAUAAAACAAGAAGAAAAAUCUAAAACAAACCUAAUGACAUAUGAUAUGGAUAAUAAUAAUGUUACUAAAGAUUUUUUCAUUAAUACAUUCAAAAAUGUAAAUACAUACAACAUUUUUAAUAAUACCAUAUAUAUUACUGAUACUAUUAUAUCUAAAGAAAAUGAUACAUCAAGAAAAUUACUAUAUUUUAAAUGGAAAGCUAGAAAGUCAUAUAAAAAAAGAGUACUCAAUUUACCGUCUACCAAAUCAAGAAGACGAUAUGCACAAAAAAAUAGAUAA